AGUGGAAUCUGUACGUGUGAUUCAUACCCUUAACCUGCUUGAUAAGUAGCCGUCCACUCUUCUGCAGCCCGUCUAUACUGGGGCAUGAAACACCGCAUUCUAGUUUGUAAAUAUCAAUACCUGCAUUGUUUACAACUGGGACUAGGACAGAUUUGACAGAUAAAGCAUUAAUGUUUAGUUUCACACAAAGAGAGGAGAAAGGCAUCAGCAUAACUAGACCAUCAUGGCAUAUGCCGCAGGUGAUCAGCCCUAAUACUAACAUUAUUUUUAGAAUCACUGGAAUACACACUGCAAGAUAAUAUUAUUAUUUGCUAUUUUAGUACUGUAAUCUGACACGGUCAUUACCACUAUCCCUAAAUUCGGAUGUGCUUAAAUGGUUAAGCUACACUUACACUGACCUCUUGAUAGUAGGUACGCCCUCCUGUAAUGCAAUGUAGGGCGUUCUAGCAUUUGUGGACAAACUAAGGAAAUGGUCAAAUGACUCGAAUAACCCUAAUUAAUGCCUGUUCGGUUGAUUAAUUCCUCAAUUUCGGCCAGUUGUUGGGUACCCGCACCAAAACCAAAUGAGCUUUGCAUGCCUUUUAUUGUUCCCUCAGCCCACUGGGAAUCAUUUGUUUACAAAAUUAACACCUUCCGCUGGAUUUUUUUAUAUUUGGGUAUAAAUUUUGAACCCUCUAAUUCCUUACAUUUCAAGACGGAGGGGGUGAUUCAUCAGUAUGUUCCCACAACCAUCUACUGUAAUACUUUAUAUUCACACUUGUAGCCAUAGCUUCUUAUGUUAUGGUGCUUUCCUUGUUACAUUUUCAACAAAUAAUUUUAGGACUGAAACAGUAUUAUACUCAUUUGAUUCCCAUAUGACCAACCUAAACACUUUAUCUUAGCCUGUACUGUAAACCUUAUUAGCUUAUAUAAAUGCUGUUGUGGAUUGUUCAGAUAUGUUUUGCUUAGCUAUUUCAAAAAGAUUAUUGACUUUGUGUAGUAGCUAGCCAGUAUCUCAAUUACCAAAGUGCAGUAGCAUUGGAAUUAUAGCUACCCACUGUCCCAAGCACAUUGGAAGAAUCAAACACUUCAACUCCCAGAUGGCCAGAUUGUAGGUUGUCGGAACUAGAAUACAGUGCCAAGGUCUGUGUCCUCAUAAUAAUAUAAGAAAAAAAGCUAACACACAGCACCAUUACCAGUGGUCAUCUUGGCCUCCAACCUGGAAGAAGGAACCGUACCGGGCCUAUCUGUAUUUCUUGGUGGUGAGUACCCAAGGAUGACAUUGAUGAUAAGCUCUUGCAUCAAUACUCUGAUCACCCUGGAGGCCUGGACUUCUCCAGGAACAGCAGGUCUUUGCCUAAAUUCUCUCCUCCUUCCUUGGAUGACAACAGCAGCACAAUCAACAAGGGGAACACAGAAGGGAGUGAGGAUUUGUUGCAGGGUGCUAGCGGUGAUCCUAGCACAGUCAACUUGGUCUUUCUCCAAGGGUGUUGGUGCGGUGGGAAAAAUUCUUGGUGACGUGGGAAAAUUCUUGAAGGGCAUGGAAGAGGCUAGUGAGUUCUUGCCUUAGGGAGCAGGGACAACAGCUUCAAAAAGGAUGAUCACACAUAUUUGUUCAGUAAAGCUUCAUACCAGCUUACACACCUUAUUUAAAUAUGUUUUGCAUUGAACAACAGAAUAUAUUCUUGCUUUCACAGCUUCGAUAGGUAAAAUAAAAUAGGAUAUCUUUGUUAAUUCGUGCAGUAUCUAUCCAAAAUUACAACAUUGGGAUCAUCGAACACCUGCACUCCUAAUACCCACAGGUUGAUGAAAACAUCUAGAGCACCACCAAACCCAUCUGCAAUGUCUAACCUCCUCAUGAUGAUAUAUUAACCAUAAGCUCCUAAGCACCACAGCACUCUCACCUCUAUCACCAUGGCUGCCACCCCUGAGGAAUUCUUUGCUGAAGGUCUCAUGGAGCCUUCACCGCCGUCCCCGUCUGUCUUCCUCGACCUUACCCCGAUAUCUGAUCCCAAUACUGCCGAUAAGGGCCAGCUCUCCCAUGAUGACCUGGUGCUCCCUUACAUCUCACGCAUGCUCAUGGAGGACGACAUCGAUGAUAAGCUCUUGUGCCAAUACUCUGAUCACCCUGCACUGCUCCAGGCGCAGCAGCCCUUCAACCAGAUCCUCUCCUCCCCUUCCACCGGUACCAACAAGGAUGACGCAGCCAACAAGGACACCAUGGAUCAAGGCAAUGAUUUGUUGCUGGUUAGUAGUGGUGAUGAAAGCACUCUCAGCUUUGGCUUACCCAACAGUGAGUAUGUGGUGGGGGAGUUCUUGAAGGGCAUGGAAGUUGCUGACAGGUUGUUGCCAAGAGACAACAGUUUUGUAAAGGACCAUCAAAUGAGUCAAAUAUUCAUCAGAAGCAAACGUAAGCAUAUGGAGGAGGAGUUAGGCAGGACCAGCAAGAUUUUGAUGAUGACGGAGGUGCCAGAAGAGACUGGCAUCCGUGAGGUGCUUGACAAUAUGAUGAUGCAUGGAAAUGACACAUUGAUCAGGGACAUGGAGAAGUUGCGUAUCGCCAUGGACAAUAAGGAGGAGAAGAAGAGCAGAAAGGGUUGUAGCAAGGUUAUGACUACGGGGGAUAUGGUCGACCUAAGUACUUUGUUGAUCUGUUGUGCGCAGGCAGUGGACACAAACAAUUAUUUGGUAGCGGGUGAGUUGCUGAAUCAGAUCAAACAGCACGCUUCAACAACAGGGGAUGCCACACAACGGCUAGCUCAAUGUUUCUCCAAGGGGCUGGAGGCACGGUUGAUGGGGACGGGAAGGCAGCUUUGGAAGUUGCUCAUGGCAGAGCGUCUUUCGGCCAUGGAGUUCCUCAAGGCUUACAACCUUUACAUGUCAGCCUGCUACUUCAACAAGGUGGCAUACAUUUUUUCCUCACUGAGCAUUGCGGGAGUCAUGAAGGGAAAGAGCAGGUUGCACAUUGUAGACUAUGGUAUCCAUUGCGCAUUCCAGUGGGUAGGUUUGGUCCGCUGGCUGGCAAAGAGGGAAGAUGGACCGCCGCCAGAGAUGAAGAUCACUGUCAUGUGCUGUUCCCAGCCUAGUUAUUUUCCGGUUCAGUGGAUUGAGGAGCAAUGGUACCGGCUCAGCAAGUAUGCUAGUGAGCUUGGUUUGACAUUCGUGUUUGAAGUCGUCACAACAGAGUGGGGCAAAGUUUGCAUCGAUGACUUGAACUUAGAUGCAGAUGAGGUGGUUGUCGUGAGUGACCUCUUUAAUUUCAGCACCUUAAAGGAUGAGAGCAUAUACUUUGAUAGCCCAAACCCUAGGGAUACUGUCCUCAGUACUAUCAAGAAAAUGAGGCCAAAUAUUUUUAUCCAGAGCAUUUUGAAUUGCUCACAGGGAUCCUGCUUCUUGUCACGGUUCCGGGAGAUGCUGUUCUAUUACUCGGCACUGUUUGACAUGUUGGAUGUAAUUGUCCCACGGGAGAGUGAAACACGAUCGGUGCUGGAGCAGGACUUGUUCGGGAGUUGUGUACUGAAUGGCAUCGCCUGUGAGGGUGUUGACCUUGUGCAAUGCCCUGAGAAGUAUAAGCAGUGGCAAUCGAGAAACCAACGGGCAGGCCUGAGGCAGCUACCACUGAGAUCCGUUGUCGUGAAGGUACUGAAGGACAAGGUCAAGAAGCACCACCACAAGGAUUUUUUGCUCAGUGAGGAAGGCCAGUGGCUGCUGCAAGGAUGGAAGGGGCGUGCCCUCUUUGCUCACUCAACAUGGGUAGUAGAAGAUGGAUCUUCUAAAUGAAGCUUUAGUUUCUUGCUUCUUAGCGAUAACAUAAACUUCUGCAUCUCCUUGAGAAGCACCUGGCCGUGUCUACCGUUUGUCGAACUGUUUAGUCAUUCAGUGCUGGUGCAGUGCACGGCUGCUGAAAUGCAUUUUAUGUAUGUCCUAGUUAUUUCCUGUGUCUUGAUCAAGUAGCCGAGGAGGAAGACAGAUUGUUCAAUUCAGCAGUAUAUCUUGUUCUGUGAUUACUUUUUUCAGCGACCAAUUGCUCAAGUACAUGUUAGAAUGUGCAGUAUUGGCAUUGAACUCAGAAGAAGAAAGGUAUUCGGCACUGAUUCUUGCAUGUUGGUGCUAUUGUCAGAUAAGUAGCUUCACAUGUAAGUUUAGGGACAACUUCUUUUGCAGAAGUUAGUAAAAUUUACUGUGUGCAUGUGUUGAGUUGAGUCUCAGUAAGCUAAAGACCCUUUCCAAGGGUAAAUUUACUAGUGCUACUGUAUCAGAAGUUUGAUGAAUUAGGCAGCAUUGUUGUAUCUGCUAUUCAGUAUUGAUGUGCACAUAUUUGUUUCUUGAAAAACAUUUUCCAGGCAACAUGCAGGAGCGGCAUAUUUCUUGCCUGAAACUUUGUUUUCCCUUCCCCCUGACCCUGUUUCUGAUGUUGGAUUCAUCGAGCACAUGAUGGUAAAGUCAAAUGCCUCUAGCAGUUCAUGUCUAUAAUGACCCUCAGCUCAUCGUCAUCUCCACACAAGCAAUGGCGGUCACACUCACAGCAGAGGAGUGAGAGCUCCAGCUGGGCCUCAUGGAGCACAACUACCCGUCCUCCUGUUAGAUGAGCCUAGCGUCUGUUAGAGUUAGUUAGAUUUGCAUGUAAUCUUUCUGUUAGUCAUGCGCAUGAGGACCGGCUUGUGGUUGCCAUGCGCAUCGUGCCCGCGAGAAUAGCUCGCGCUAGACUCGGACAACCGGAGGUGGGCGCACAUCAUGGACGUGGGGAUGGACGCGUCGUUAGCGCGGUGUGCGGAUCGCCACCGGAGUCCUUUGCUUUGUGUUCAAUAAAAGGAGAAGAACAAACCA